AUGAAUGAUCUGCGACUUCACAAAGAAGACGGUUGUGGUCUCCAUGAUGCUGACCAGAGAUCAACCAGCCAGACAAGUUCUGUGUGGGUGACAUCGCUGGUGAUUCGAGCUCUUAAUGAGGUGUCUGUCAACUGGCCUAACAUGUUAUAUGUUGACCCUCAGGUGACGGACAAGGCUCUAAAGUUUUUGUUGGCACAGCAGGCAUCCCAUGGGGCCUGGUGGGAGCCCAGUGGUGAGGUGGGGGACAGAAAACUGGUACCAUCUCCAUACUCUCUUACUGGAGAGACCACACACGACCUCAACCUCUCCUCCACUGCCCACACCAUGCUCAGCCUCCUUGCACUUAGAGGUCUGCCCUCGCCUUUAGAUGAACAAGUUCUGGCAGCCAUCACCCGGGGAGCUCGCUGGCUGGAGGAGAAUCUCUCCUUGGUUGGCCAGGCCUCACGUCCCCUGGAGGUGUCCCUGGUGGCCUUGGCACUUCACCUCUCGGAGUCGACCUUCGCUGACCUUCCGAUCAAGUAUGUUUACUGGGGGGAGGACUUGGUACCUCUGCCUUCCUACCGCGUUGAGUCCCAGCGUCCACACUUGCAGCCUCGCCGCUCUCACGCCCACGAUUCAGGCAAUGUAGCGGCGACUGCUUACGCUCUCAGGCUUUAUUCCAUUCGGGGGGAGAUCAUGACCCCAAGUAUUGUGAGAUGGUUGCAGUCUCAGCGCUGUCAUGAUGGUGGCUGGAUGUCAACACAGGACACCCUGGCAGCAUGGGAGGCCCUGUAUGAGUUCUCUGGCCGGGAGGGCAGGGCUCGAGACACCCAGCUGACAGUGACAGUAGAGCCUUUACAUGACCACACUCAAGCAAGGACUUUCUACAUCACCCCAGAUAAUUUUCUUCACCUACAGUCACACCAGGUGAAUGGCAAGUGGGGCAGCAUGAGGGUGCAGGGUAAGGGUCGAGGCGCGGCCGUACUGCAGCUCACCUCCAAGUACCACGUUGCUGAGCCACACCACUUGGCCUCUCCACCCACACCGGCCUUCCACCUGCGGACAAGAGCCAAUUGGCACGGACAUAACGGCUCGGCAUUAACAUUUAUAACGUGUGUGCGCUGGAUGUUUAAGGAAGCGAGUGACACGUCUGGAAUUUCCGUGCUGGAGGUAACGGUGCCGACGGGAUAUGGAGCAUCCACGGAAGUGCUGCAGGAGUACGUUGCCGCCCAGACCGUGCCAAACCUCCGAAGGGUGGACUUCCAGCAACGAAAAAUCACAUUCUUUUUUGAGAAGCUUGUUGGGACUGACACUUGUGUGGAGUUCUCAGUGGAGCGAUGGUUCCUCCCAACCUCACCAAGGUGUUACCAGUGAGAGUGUAUGAGUAUUACUCCCCAGAGUUGUACGAGGUGGAGCUGCUGGACAUGUCAUCUGUAUCACUGGACAUCUGUCAAGUGUGUGGGUCAUACCAGUGCCCCAACUGUCCUAUCCUCUCCUACCACAGGAGCCAUGGCCACUCACAUGGCCCACAUGCCCUUGCCUAUUUUCUUAGCUUCCUGGUGCUAGUCUUCUCAUCCCAUCUAGCACCUAGUUGAAGCUCCAUGGACUUCUAGUCAUCCCAGGAGCUGUUCUCACUCCUUCCAAGAAGAGAAAUAUUUACCCUAAGAGCAACAGUUACCUGGGACUGUGUUCUGGGCGACUCACAGUGCUGCCAGUGAUGUGACAUUAGCUUCAGUGGUGGUCUGCAGACUACAGUCUUGCCAGUUAAGUGAAAUAAUUUUUCAUAGCAGUUUUUGCUGACAUUAGUGUUGUGAAUUUCUCAAAAUCAAUUGCAGGGAUGAUUCCCUGUUGACUAUAGUGUUACCAGUGAGUUGACCAAUUUCCUGAAAGACUUGAUUAUUAUCGUGAUGUAAGUGAUGUGAAAUUUGCUUGAAAGGCAAUUUUUGUGAAUUACAAUGUUACUAGUCAUGUGAAGAAAAAUAAUAGUAAUGCUGUAGAUAAAUUACUAGAACAAGGACCUAGAGCACUGUACUGUACCUCAGAGGUAUGCAUGAAGGAUACAAUAUAUUUCCUUAUCAUUUAAUUUAAGGAAGUGGAUGUCAUUACACGAAUCCAACUCUCCAGUAAAUUAAAUAACAAAUAAAUCAUUGACACAUCCCUACCAGUGACAGAGGGAGUGUAAUUUACUGUAUAAUACCUUAGCUAAAACACAAGGUCACUGACACACAAACUAUUCCAUAUUUAUACAUACAUACAUACAUAACUGUACUGUUACAGAUUGUGUUCAUAUGUUUUUGUAGACAAUAUUACCACAUGAUUUUAUGCUGCUAAAUGAUUUUGUAAAGGAUUUUCCCAUACAGAUCAAUUAUUUGUUUUAAUAUGAUUUGCCUAUUCAUUUUUGCACCCUCUCUCUUUGUUCCUGCAGAUAUAUAUACUGUAUAUAACCUUAAUUCUUCCAGUACAGUCAGUUCUGCUAUAACUUAUAGUUGUGUUCUUGUAAAACAUCGUGUUAUAGAAAUUCACGUAAUAGAAAUAA